AUGUCUGAAGAGGCUGGAUCCAUGUUGGUAGUUUACGACGAUCCCUCUGACCAACACUCCCUGUCUUUGGGAGAUACAAGCAGCACGGAAGAGUCACCUGCUGAAACCACCCUCUCCUUGGAACCAACUAAUGAUCACAUUCCAUACAUUGGUCAGAGGUUUCCCACUCAUGAUUCUGCUUAUGUAUUCUAUAGCCAUUUCGCCAAGACCUGUGGCUUCUCAAUUAGGCGUCACCGAACUGAGGGAAAAGACGGUGUUGGGAAAGGACUUACUAGACGAUACUUUGUUUGUCAUCGUGCUGGCAAUACUCCUGCUAAAUCAUCAAAUGAAACUAAGCCUCAGAGAAAUAGAAAAUCUUCUCGAUGUGCUUGUCAGGCUUAUUUGAGGAUAAGCAAAACCACCGAAUUUGGACCUCCUGAGUGGCGGGUCACUGGUUUUGCCAAUCAUCAUAAUCACGACCUUUUGGAACCUAACCAAGUUCGAUUCCUUCCUGCCUACAGAACUAUAUCAGACGCUGACAAGAAUCGAAUUCUUAUGUUUGCCAAAACAGGGAUUUCUGUUCAUCAAAUGAUCAGGCUAAUGGAGCUUGAGAAGUGCGUCGAACCUGGAUAUUUGCCUUUUACUGAAAAGGACGUAAGGAAUUUACUCCAGUCCUUUAGAAAAUUAGAUCCCGAAGAAGAGACCCUAGAUUUGUUAAGAAUGUGCAAGAAUAUUAAGGAGAAAGAUCCUAAUUUUAAAUUUGAGUACACACUUGAUGCAAACAACCGGUUACAAAACAUUGCCUGGUCGUAUGCCUCUUCCAUCCAAUUGUAUGAUAUCUUUGGGGAUGCUGUGGUAUUUGAUACAACCCAUCGUCUCACUGCAUUUGACAUGCCGCUGGGGAUAUGGGUUGGAAUCAAUAACUAUGGAAUGCCCUGCUUCUUUGGCUGUGUGCUGCUGCGAGAUGAAACUCUCAGGUCAUUUUCCUGGGCAACAAAGGCUUUCUUAGGUUUUAUGAGUGGGAAGGCUCCACAGACUAUAUUAACUGACCAAAACAUGUGUCUCAAAGAAGCACUAUCUGCAGAAAUGCCGAUAACAAAACACGCUUUCUGCAUAUGGAUGAUAGUAGCAAAGUUUCCAUCUUGGUUCAAUGCUGUUCUAGGGGAACGCUACAAUGAGUGGAAGGCUGAAUUUUAUAGACUUUAUAAUCUUGAAUCAGUUGAGGAUUUUGAACUAGGCUGGAGGGAAAUGGUCUGUUCUUUUGGGCUGCAUUCCAAUCGGCACAUGCUUAAUUUAUAUAGCUCGCGCUCACUUUGGGCAUUGCCAUAUUUAAGAAGCCAUUUUCUUGCGGGAAUGACUACAACUGGUCAGUCAAAGUCAAUUAACGCCUUCAUUCAACGGUUUUUAAGCGCACAGACACGACUUGCUCACUUUGUUGAACAGUUUGCUUUGCACAACCAGGUAGCUGUUGCUGUGGAUUUUAAAGACCAAACUGGAGAACAACAAACCAUGCAGCAGAAUCUACAAAAUGUUUGCCUCAAAACAGGAGCUCCCAUGGAAUCGCACGCUGCUACGGUCCUCACUCCUUUUGCCUUUUCAAAGCUUCAAGAACAACUCGUGUUGGCUGCACAUUAUGCAUCUUUUUCAGUGGAAGACGGGUUUCUUGUGAGACAUCACACAAAAGUUGAAGGAGGUCGCAAAGUUUAUUGGUCCUCUCAAGAAGGAGUUAUAAGCUGCAGCUGUCACCAGUUUGAAUUUUCUGGAAUUUUGUGUAGGCACUCUUUGAGAGUUCUUUCAACAGGAAAUUGCUUUCAGAUCCCGGAUACAUAUCUUCCCAUCCGAUGGCGUCGUAUCAGCGUGCCGCCUUCGAAGCUUCUUCAAAAUGCAUCCAGUGAUCAUGCCGAAAGAGUUAAGCUAUUCCAAAAUAUGGUUUCAUCUCUAAUUACAGAAUCUGCCAAGUCUAAAGAACGAUUAGAUGUUGCUACAGAACAAGUUUCCAUUCUUCUGUCUCGCAUUAGGGAGCAACCCAUUUCAUUACAAUGUGCCAGAGAUAUUUCUACUAUUAAUAGGAAUCUAUGA